CCCUCCUGCCUAAACUUCUAAAAACAUGCGGGUGGAGAGUUUGUGAGCAUGUGUCCCCGUGCCCUCUUCUUCAAACCUCACAGAGGAAAUUAUAGACGCACAAGCCUUGAUCCAUAUUCCGGACUCUUUGUUUGUUUAGUUCUCGUCUUUGUGUGUGUGUGUGUGUACGUUUAAAAGGACAAAUUAAAUUCACAUAUCAGUGCUUUGGAAUAAGACUGCUUGGAGAGGACUGUGAGACAGGACCAAAACUUUGAGUCUCACACACUCAGAGUCAUGCCGGCUGGGUUUCAGCAGUUAGGAGGGGAGAGAAUAACUGGAACCCUCGCACUGUCAGUGUUCACCGCUGUACUGGGUUCCUUACAGUUUGGCUAUAACAUUGGAGUCAUCAACGCUCCACAGAAGAUCAUUGAGCAGGACUAUAACUCAACAUGGACAGAAAGGUACUCAGAACCAAUCCCUCUACAAACACUGACAUCUCUGUGGUCACUCUCUGUGGCCAUCUUCUCUAUUGGGGGCAUGGUCUCCUCCUUCUCUGUGGGAAUCAUCUCAGAGUUUUUUGGCAGGAGGAAAGCAAUGCUUAUCAAUAAUGUCCUUGCAUUUAUUGGUGGAGGCCUGAUGGGGAUGUCCAAAAUCAGCCGGUCAUUUGAAAUGAUGAUUUUAGGUCGCUUUACCAUUGGGGCAUAUUGUGGUUUGGCAUCGGGAUUGGUGCCAAUGUAUGUGGGUGAGAUUGCCCCUACAAGUCUAAGAGGAGCUCUGGGCACCCUGCACCAGCUGGCCAUCGUCACAGGCAUUCUUAUCGCCCAGAUCUUAGGACUCGAAUCUCUGUUGGGCAGUGAGCAGCUGUGGCCGGUGCUGCUGGGUGUUACAGUACUCCCUACAGUCCUGCAGAUGACGCUGUUGCCUUUCUGUCCGGAGAGCCCGCGCUUCCUCUAUAUCAUCCGCUGCCAAGAGCACCAUGCAAAGAGCGCUUUGCGGCGCCUGACUGGCCGUAUGGAGGUCAGUGAAGACUUGGCUGAGAUGAAGGAGGAAAAGAGGAGGAUGGAGAUGGAGAGGAAAGUGUCCAUUGCUGAGCUCUUUCGCUCUCCUCUGUACCGGCAGCCCAUUAUCAUUGCUAUCCUGCUGCAGCUCUCUCAGCAGCUGUCAGGAGUUAAUGCUAUCUUCUAUUAUUCUACUGACAUCUUUAAGAAGGCUGGGGUGGAGAGUCCAGUGUACGCCACCAUAGGUGCUGGAGUUGUCAACUGUGCUUUCACUAUAGUCUCGCUCUUCCUGAUCGAGCGGAUGGGUCGCCGGACACUCCACAUGCUUGGACUUGCUGGAAUGUGUAUCUGUGCCAUCAUCAUGACAAUUGCCCUCACAUUACUGGAGACUGUGCCAUCAAUGAGCUACAUUAGCAUGAUGGCCAUUUUUGGUUUUGUGGCCUUCUUCGAGGUGGGGCCAGGACCUAUCCCUUGGUUCUUUGUGGCUGAACUCUUCUCACAAGGUCCUAGACCAGCAGCCAUGGCGGUAGCUGGCUGCUCCAACUGGACUGCCAACUUCAUCAUUGGCAUGGGCUUCCAGUAUGUUGCUAACCUAUGUGGUCCAUACGUUUUCCUCAUCUUUGCUGCGCUCCUCCUUUUCUUCCUUAUCUUCACAUUCUUCCGAGUUCCUGAGACAAGAGGCAAGACUUUUGACCAGAUCUCAGCCACCUUCCAUGGUCAUCCACAAAACAUGAUGGACAUGGACCUGGGCCUGGAUCAAGGGAAACACAGUACAGAGCUGGACUACCUAGGAUCUGAUGGGACAGAGAACUGAAGCCUGAGAGCGAGAGAGAUUGUGGAUGGGGGCCAGAAUCACCACAACUUACUGUUCUUUGUGGCUUGGAGAGGAAAAUAGGUUGCAUACCAAAAAGACAACAUUACUACUCAGAAGAGACUAUGUGGUCUUUGGAAAUUAAGUAUUAUAAAGAAAGGAUGUUGGACUUUGGGAGAAAGUGCAAUGUUGUUUGAAAAGGAGAUGAGACUUGAGAUUUGGAAUUCUGCACUUUAGCUGCGCAAGGGUUUCCAUACACCACAAAGCCAGCUAUGCUUUUGCAUACAAUUACAGUAGAUCAUAGACUGUUCUUUUCAUUUUAGCAUUCUUUAAGGAUAAUGGACCUUUUUCACAUUUUCAGGGCGGUGAAUGGAAGAUGACAGCAAAUAGAAGUUAUUUCUAUCUGCUCCAAUUGCAUAAGCAACAAAUCUGUGAUAUUGUUUCCACAAGUUUCCAAAAGAGGGAAAAAUAUAAAGAGAUUGAUUACAGCAGUCAGAAGAAAAUAAGAUGUAAAAUUAGCCGCUACUCCUCAGCUGUUAUAUUGAAAAGACCCUCGAAGCAGCACUGAUUCGUCAAACUGCCAACCAAGGUAAUAUAACAUGAAGUAUAGCAUUAUAAAAGUGUAUUCAAUUUUUAAAAAAUUAAAAUAUGAAAAACUUUACUAGAUUUGCAAUGUUGAUAAUUGUGGAAACGCAUCAUUAGUCUGUGAAAAGGGUCCAUGAAACAUUCUAAUACUGAUUGGUAACAAACUGUCAAAUGCUUUCAAAGAAUAAAAUGCUUCCAAAGUUUUUGCACAAAGCUAAAAUUUUACCAGUAGACGUUAAAGCUUAUAUCAUGCACUAUAUAUUUAACACACAUUAGAGAAGCUAGUUAUUUCAAACAAGAACCUUUAAUAUUUUUACAAAUCAGAAUCAAACGUUGUAACAUGCACAUUUUGUAAUUUCAGACAUAUAUAACUUCAUAUGAAUUAUACAGAAAAUAGUUUGUGCUUAUAUAUAUAUAUAUAUAUAUAUAUAUAUAUAUAUAUAUAUAUAUAUAUAUAUAGACAGACAGAGCGCACAUUUCUUAUUCACUAUAUUAGAAAUGUAUUAGAAAUGAGUCCCACUGAGAAAUUAACCCUUGUGCGGUCUUCGGGGUCUUUUGAGACCCCAAACGACGUUUGCUCAAAUAAAAAAAAAUGUUUUCUUUGUUCAAA